UCUUCUUUUACAGUGAGAUACAAAACAUCUCCCCCAAAACCAUAAUGGGUGUAGUGUUUGUAGCAGCAUCUAAAUGUAUUGCCGUUAUGCAUAAAGUUCCAGUACAUUUACUUUUUUACGCAGGAAAUCCAAAGACUCUUGAGAUGCACGAGUCACGCAUCGCGGACUAACAAGUGCAUCCAAUACAUGUCACCGUGCUCCCCCAUGACUAGAAUUAAAGUCUAAAAUACCAAAACGCUCCUCUCGGAUCAACGCUGUGCAGAAACGAGUUGGCAAUUCUUAGGACGUCAGCCGAUGUUGCAUGUCGGCAUGUUUCAGUGACCACGUCAGCCACAGAUCUCUAACAGCAUCCCCAGCCCUGCACGUCGGCGCAGCUCCACUUCGGGACAAGGACCGCAUAACCGGCCCUGAGGUGGAGUGAAGGUUAUUCAUCUCGAUCUCAUUCGCACGUCGCCAUGGACCUUUACCUGCUCGCCACGGCCUGUCUCCUCUUUGGCAGCGUGGUGAUAACGCAUCAAACUCACAUGAACUCCGUGACUACGUUUCUGUUCACUCCUCGCGGGCCCCAGAUGUUUCCGUGUCUAACAUACCUGGAGCAUAACGUCAGGGUGGACUGUGAGUUUCCACCCACCUACCAGGUCCCGGGCCCCUACUGCGAGUACCGGCAGGACAGCCGCCUGGUGGGCAGCACCUUCCCCAAUACCGUCAUCUAUGUGUCCACAGAGGACCGUAGGAGGAGCAACGUCAGCCUGGUCACUCCUAAUCUGUGCCGCCUCACCUGGGCCCCGCUGGCGGACGAGAAGCCUUUCACCUACACCUGCAGGGUUUACCAGGGCAGCAGCUGGAAGGAGAACAGCAUGGCGGUCCAUCACAGGAUUCUUCCCAUCUGCUCGGCGAUCCGUGUGGUGUUUGAAUCAACGCCAUGGUUUUUGUCUCUGGUCAUGUCACUCCCCAUGUCUGUGGGUCUCCUGAGUCCCUGAACUUUCACUUUCACAUGGUAUCCACUCAAUGGACCUUUCUUACAUCAUUUGUGAAUCACUGUGGUUCGAUGGUUGGUGUUUGACCAUAAGUGGGAUGAUUUCAUUUAAUAUUAUUUUAUUUUUUUUAGGUAGAGUUUAGAAGCCCUUACGCCUCCUCUAAAUAAAUCACACAGGACGAAAUCGACCUAAUGUUGAGCAUUAGGCUGUUCUUUAAAAACAUUUUCACCACUGUACCUUGAAGACCAUUGUUUCACAAUGCUAUCAAAAGAAAUCAUAACAAUAUACAUUGAGGGAUGUUCUAAACAAAUACAGUAGAACAUGGUAUUAAUAAUCUAUUAAAAUGGCAAGAUUUUAAUUUGUCGGGUUGAUCAGGUCUCCCCUGUAAAUAAGAUGUACUGAGACUUAUUUAUUUAAACAAUUAAUACCCAAACAAAUAUACAUUUUGUCUUAUUUGUAUUAUUUAUUUGAAAGAAAACGGAUGCUUCCUAUAGAUUUAUAUUGCAUCUUAAAUUAAUUAUCUGUAUACAAAUGGGUUUGAUUAUACAGACUGGCAUUAAUACUAAAGACCUUCCCAUAAAUACUAAAGCAACAUAAAGCCUUUGAUUGGAUUUAUGAAGAUAUCUACUCAUUAAAGAGUUUAUUUCUGAUCCCCAUCUUAUUUUAAUUUGGUUUGUGUUAUUCCCACCAGUUUUUUCAGCCAAAGUUAUAUAAUAUGUAACCUAGACAUGUAUUCAGGUGGCUAUUGAGUAAACGUAAUGGAUGACUGCUCAAACACUGCCUUCCUGCUAGCAUUGCUAAUCUCUAAAUACCUUCAGUACCUUCAAGUAGAAUUAAGACAUCUGUAUCUGUUCUACUCCCCUUGGGCAGCAAUAAGAUAAAUACUUGAUUGGCAUGACCUUCGGGAAAAAGACUAAUGUCAGUGCACCAUGUUUCACUCAGUGCUUUGAUGCCGAUCUUCCGUACAGCCUAAAAGGACACGCAGAUGUGGGACGGUGUAAGCUGCUAGUUUGCAACGCCUGCUUAGUGAUGUAAACCAUGCUGAGGUCUGAGCGCUGCCGUUCUUUAAGGCGGGGGUCUCAAACUCCACCCUCUCGCCGGCCGUACCGCUCGCCGCAGUGGCCUGCAUCUGGCCCCAACCUCAAAUGAGUUUGAGACCCCUGCUUUAAGGGAUACUGCAGCCGAAUGAGGGAGUCGUUUCUCAAGAAAUAACGGGUGAAAACAAGCAUGAUGUUUUUCACAGCAAAGAGUUAUUGCUUUAAUUGGACAUCACCAUCAUAAUAAGUGCGUGUGUUUUCAUGUACACAUAAUAUGUCUAGUAUGAAAGAAUAUUGCAGCUUUACAUGUUUUUUUUUUACUCUUGUCAUAAAUGAGAAAAUAGUCAUUAGUACCAUUCAGUCCUAUGGUGCUGGCAUGGUGUAUGCUGCUCCUUGUCAGGAUUUACUCCGACAUUUAAAACUGAAGCCAUUAAUACAUGCGAAGCUGGAUGCAUCUGCAACUCAAACUGCUUCAGUUUAAAAAGUAUGAAAAGGAAAUUACGUUAAUUAUGUUCCCCUCGCCUUUCUGUAGUGUUAAAGGCCAACUAGCACUUGCAAUAAAGAUUUCCUUAAAGUUUUUCAGACAGAUAUGUUACCUUGUUUUGUUCAUUUUCGUCCACCUCCCAGUGCGCUGAAUGCUAUAGCUAAUCUAUAGUAGCUAAUAAAGGUUAUGCACAAUAAAAGUGUCCUGUGUUCCCUCUGCACAAAUCACUAUAUCUAUAUACAAUACAUUUUUGCUUAUUGCUAAACAAUGACCUAAUCAGUAUAAGAAAUGGAGAGAAUUAUGAGGUCUGAAUCUCUGAUUGUGUAUAAAGGAUCUCCUUCACCUCUUACACUUAAUGUCCUCAAAGCAGGCAGUUGUUUUAUUAUCUGACAGUUGUACUGUUAGCCUGCAGAGGGAACCCUUGUUUAGCACAAACAUUUUUAAGCCCCUGAAACAUUUGUUCAUUAAAGCUAUUGAGCCCCUAUAUCAAUUU